AGGAAAGCGAUAUUUCAUGUGUUAUCCUGUUAUGUUGUUAUUGUGUUUGUUGUUAAAUUACUAACCUCAUAACUUUUUGAUUGACAAUCAAAUGAGAUUAACACCGUUUGUCAAUGUUUGUCCGCUUACCGCUUUCCUAUGAGGUUAUUAUAAAGUUUCUUUUGUUGAUUGUUUUAGGUGUUCUUUUGUUAAAUAUAUACAUACUAUCCCUGAUAUUCAGCAGUGAAGAAGUACGGUAUAAACAAAAGGAUGAUGAAGUAUUUAUCAAGACACAACCCAUUAAAAAAUUUAAAGAUAUACAUGAUGUCAAACAUACUUCAAAAAAAGCUGUGUUUGUACAAACCAAUACAACAAAGUUGGCAACAAAGAAAAUCCUUGAAAAUAUGGCUGUGCUUGGAAGACAGGUUUUUGGGCAGUUACUAUCUGUCAAAACAAAACGCAUAUUUCAGACAUUGCUUGAUGAUGUAAAAAUAACUGAUCCAACCUCACCAGACCUCUUAAAAGAAGCUUUAAAGUGGGUGAGUGGUAGACAGCUGUUCCCAGAAACCAGUUCCCUCCCGAUUGGCCGAGUACUCAACUCUCUGUGUUCUAGUCGAGUUGAGAAGGCUGACAAUAUGGCAGAAGGAACUCAGCUCAAGCUUCUCCUUACACUUGAAGGAGGUUUAAAAGCUGUCUUCAAACCUCAAUGGUACAAGAGGACUGAGGUAGUUUCUGGUGAUGUGUACGCUGGUAAAGAUCGCCACAACGGUGAAGUGGCAGCAUUCCAUCUGUCUUGGUUGUUGGGUCUGCGAAGAGUCCCUCUUACUGUUGGUCGAAGGUUGAAUCUGCGCCAAGAAAUUAUGCCAGUUGGAUCUUCAAACCUUUUGAAAACUUUCCACCAAGAAGGCAACAACACAUGUUUUUAUGGAGUCUGUUACUAUUGCAGUCCUCAGGACCCUGUGUGUGCAUCUCAGGAUAUUUUAGAAGGAGCUCUUAUUCUGUGGUUGCCUCAGGAUUACACCCUCAAGAAGUUUCGCCAUCCCUGGCAGAGAACUUACAAGCCAAACAUGCCAGCCAGGUGGGAAUUGGAUGCUGGCUACUGCCAAGUAGUUCGCAAGUCUGAUUUGUAUUCUCGUGGUCCUCGGCUCCUGGAUAUUAUUGACACAGCUAUAUUUGACUUCCUUAUUGACAAUGGAGACAGACAUCACUACGAAGUUUUUCAGAACAUUAAUGAUUCAGCUAUUCUACUUAUAGAUAAUGGAAAGAGUUUUGGGAAUCCACACGUAGAUCACAUAGACAUUCUUGCCCCAUUGUAUCAGUGUUUGCAGGUGAGUUUAAAAACCUACAUUAACUGAAAUAUAAAUUAUAAAUAGUUUUAUUGUACUCUAUCCAGUUCAUA